AUGGCUUCUGACACGAAAACCGACCUGGAUAUACAUUGCUGGUCACAAACCCAAGCCAUUGCCGAAAUUCAGACACUCAGAGUCCAAAAUUCAGAACUGCAGGAACGUUUAAACAGUGCCCUCUUGCAUAUAAUGGACCUCGAGGGAGAAGACGUUGACCAAGUCACAGAUGACGACGUCAAGAAGAGGUUUCAGAGACUCCACAUCGCCAUUGACGACUGGAUUGCAAAGAUCGAAGUUGACUACGGGCGGAAUUCUCGGGACUUUCGAGAAACUUUCCACGGUGAAGAGCAAGAUAAAAUAAUUCAGUUUUUGGGUCUGAAAGAUGGAGCUGGUAACUCGACUUGGGACCGAAAGCUGAAGUGGCUUGGCCAGCUCGACAACUGCAUGAUUGUGGUCCUCUCCCGCCUAAUUUGGUGUCAUUUAUACAAUGAAAUAUUUUGCUUAGAUUACCCCCUCGGGCUUGAUGAUGUCGUGACAAAAGGGUAUGCCCAUAUGAUACAUGCUAUUGAAGCUGAUGGCGAUGGCAAAGAUAUCCAAGAGUCUAUUAACCGAGUUAACAAACGGAGAUCCGAGUCGAUGAACACAUUGGUCUCGACUAAGAAGUUUCAGGAAGACAAAAUUCUGCGUGUGCGAGACUGUCGAGAACGGCUGUACAAGAAACUUUCACAGAAACCAAUUUGUCUGGAAGCUGAAACUCUUACGAAGCACUUUCCUCUUCUUGAGAAAAAAGUACUUUAUCUUGCUGUUGAGCUCAAACAAGCCAUCGCCUGUUCGUCCGCCGUGUAUGACUUUAUAGAACCCCAAGAUUCUUUAGGUCACAUCAUCUCUCGGGGAAGCCAAAUCGAAGAUUCUAUUCUCAAGGAUGUAGCCUCAUGGAGGAACAAAGACGGAGUUGAAGAUAUCAGUGGAGUUUUCUGCUGUCUAUUCCCAGGAGUAUACCGAAAAGAAGCACAGCAAUCAGAGACUCUGUCCGUGAUCAAACCGGUCGUCCUUGUAUACGACAACGAAGCGGAACGACAGCUUCAAGAACUUAGUCAAACUCCCCCUACGAUGAGACCAGCCGAAAACAAAAUAAGCCCAGUUAAGAGCAACAAUCCUUCGAAGCGUGGGUUUCUGGCUCUGCUCCUCUCGAGACCCAAGAACAGAGCAUCUACUGAAGGAUUGAAAAUACAGUCGAUAGAGAAACCAAAUAUUCCUAAACGUGCCCGAACGGAACCUAUUGGUUGUAGUUCCGCUCUUGAUUUGAUCUCGAAACCUCGCAGCACGGCAACGACAAUGACGAGGGCACAUCGUAGACAUCGUCGGCGGUCACUGUCGGUUCGGCAUGACGGAGAACGAUACCGCAGAUAUGUUGGGUUAAACGAGGAAAUGUGCCAUAGUUCGAACAUUGAAGAGGCAGAGGACGAAGAAGAAAUCAUCAGAACUGUCAAGCCUUCCAGGCCACAUGACCAUUAUAUCGUCAUGUCACCCUUGGCCAGAGAUAGGGGCGUGGAUACAAACUCUCGGGAGUCUAUGAAGAAGUCUUACAGCACACAUCAAGGAAAAGGAAACUGA